AUGGUCGGCAAUGUCGCCAACUACUCCGUUUCUAACUGGUCUAGUGACAUCCAGCUCGCCUCCUCGAAGGGUAUUGACGCCUUCGCUCUCAACGUCGGGUCGUUGGAUUGGGAGCCUGCCCAGGUUGCAAAUGCAUAUUCUGCUGCUGAAGCCUUCGGCACCGGAUUCAAGCUUUUCGUAUCUCUUGACAUGAGCUCACUUACGUGUACCACUGCGGCCGACGGUACUAUCGUCCAGCAGUAUGUCGGAAACUACAGCUCCCACCCGAACCAGCUCAUGGUUUCCGGAAACCCUAUGAUUUCUACGUUCUCUGGCGAGUCCUGUACAUUCGGUGCGAGUAGCGUCAAUGAUGGCUGGACGCAAGUGCUCAAGAGUGGCUCCAUCCCUACUCCUUACUUUAUCCCUUCGUUCUUUGUUGAUCCCAGCACCUUUUCAACAUACACUGUGAUGGACGGAGCUUUCAACUGGAACGGCGGCUGGCCUUCAGGCGACACUAACAUCACUUUCGACUCUGACAACAGCUAUAUCUCGGGCCUCAGCGGCAAAGACUACAUGGCCGCUGUUUCCCCAUGGUUCUUCACCCACUACGGACCAGACUCGUUCAACAAGAACUGGAUUUACCGAUUUGACGACUGGCUUCUGUCGGCUCGUUGGGAACUGCUCAUUGCCAACAGAGACAGCAUUGCUUUUGCUGAGAUCAUUACUUGGAAUGACUACGGCGAGUCUCACUACAUUGGCCCUAUUGAAGGUGUUCUUCCUCAGUCCGGAUCCUGGACUUGGGGCUUCGACCACCAAGGUUGGCUGGAUUUGAUCACGUACUAUAUCCAAGCCUUCAAGACCGGUUCUUAUCCCACCGUCAGCGCGGACAGGUUAUUCUUGUGGGGAAGGCUGUACCCCGAGGCUGCAUCUUGCCCCAAUGACCCCGUCGGCCUCCCUCAGGACGCAGAUUGGACUCAAGACUAUCUCUGGGCUGUAGCUUUGCUUACCUCUACAGCUGAUGUCACGUUGUCUUGUGGUUCUACGACCCAGACGUUCACAUCAUUGCCUGCUGGAGCCAACAAGCUGCAGUUGCCGUUCACAACCGACUGCAGCGUUUCUGGAACGAUUGCACGGAACGGCGUGAACUCGGUUGACUUCACGCCCGCUGGGUUCGACUUCCAGACUGACCCUACCUUGUACAACUUCAACGCCUUCGUUGCCGCGUCGCCUUCAUCUUAA